AGGUAUAAUAUUAUAGUGGUCUUAACGUAUUUAAAUUACGUUUAGUGAAAAAUAAUCAAAAAGUGAGGUUAUUAUGGCUCCAAGACAAAGAAAGAUAGCUAUCAUGGGUUUUCGAUCAGUUGGAAAAUCUUCUUUGACAAUACAGUUUGUUGAAGGACAGUUUGUUGACUCUUAUGAUCCCACAAUUGAAAACACUUUUACAAAGACUGUCAAGGUUCGUGGCCAGGAAUAUUUUCUGAAAUUGGUUGACACUGCAGGGCAGGAUGAGUACUCUAUUUUUCCCCAGUCUUAUUCUAUGGACAUUCAUGGUUAUGUCUUAGUGUACUCUGUCACAUCAGCUAAAAGUUUUGAAGUAGUGAAGGUUGUUUAUGAAAAGUUGCUGGAUAUGACAGGAAAAGUACAUGUGCCAAUUGUAUUAGUUGGAAAUAAAGUUGAUUUGCACAUGGAAAGAGUAAUUAGUUAUGAUGAGGGGAAAAAAACAGCUGAUAACAUGAAAGCAGCUUUUUUAGAAGCUUCAGCUAAGCAAAAUCAGAGUGUCACUGAUAUCUUCCACACAACCAUAAUGCAAAUUGAAAAAGCUGAUGGAACUGUUCAAGAGAAGUCUGGAUGUGUGGUUUCUUGAAAUUACUACAGCCUUGUAAAAAAUGCCAAUCUUUAGACCUCUUACAAAUCUAAUAUUACCUUGUGCCUCAUCAGUACUGAAUUCCUGAGGGCAAGCUCAGGGAUCUUUUUACAUCACAGUGUACACUUUAGUAUGUUGACUUGUAAGUUAGCUGUAUUUCAUGAAAUAUCUAGUAUAUGUGCCUCUUUGAAGAGUUUUCAAAUGUCUAUAAGUCAACAUAAAACCAAGAAACCACAAAAGGACAUCAGGAAAGAAAAAUAUAGGAAAUCUUGUAAUAUAAUAUUGAGAUUGUUUUAACCUGAAUUAUGUUAACUAAAAACAACUUUGAGAAAUACAUUGUGCUGAUCAUUCUCAUUGUGAAAGACCUUUAGUUCGGGAUGGACAAUUUUGAUAAUUUUUUCUUUAGUGGGGACUUCUCAUAAUUAGAAACUUUAGAUGUAGGUAAUAGAUGUUAAGUAAUUUCUCUAUAAGUAAUUAACUUUUUUUUACCUACAGUGAUUUAUUGUGCACUUUAGUUGCAAAGGAAAAUAUAACAAGUAUGAUAUUUACGUAGGUUACUCCUCAUGUUUUGUAAAUAUGACAACUUGUUCAUAUAUUGAAACUGGGAAGUAUGGUUGUUAUGAAUUUAAAUGUUUUGGUAAAGGAUUAUUCUUUUUUUAUCAUAAAUAAUGUUUGUUAGUUUUAUAUUAUUCAAGUAUUUUUAUGGCAAUUUUUAAAAAUUUAUUAAAAUAAAAAAUAAGGAGCUGUAAGAAAACCAUAGUUCCUUAACCCUUGAUUACUAACACGGGUACACUAUUUACCCCACAUUUUAGCUUAUGUGAUGGUUUAAGUGUACUAUUCAUUGUAAAAAAUGUUUUGCAAUCUUACAAGAAUUAUGAUUUACUUACCCUCUGUAAAAGUUGCAUAGCUAGUAAAAAGUAAUUGGGUACAAAAUGUAACCUGGUUAGCUAUAUAUAGAUAUAUCUGUUUGAAAUCUUAGUGAUAGAACAGUAAGAAUUCCUGAUUAAAAUGGUUGUAGUAAACCUUUCUUAGGAAUAUUAUAGUCUCAGAAGUUUUGUUUUUUUCUCAAUUAGAAACUUUAAUGUAGAUUAUUUUGAAUCAUCAGGUUAUAUAAAGUUAACAAAAACAUUAUCAGUAGUAGUAAUAUUUUGGUAAUAGUAUAUCCACCAUAAUGAUAAUGUGUUGUAGCAGAAAUUGUCAGAUAUGUUUCUUUUAAGUUUAAAUUACUUAAGUUUUUGAUAUCAUUCUGUAAUUUAUUUCCUUUCUUUUUCUAAAGCUAUAUGUGAUUGUUACCAUCUGUCUUUAAAAUUAAACAUUUUACUUGAUGGUCAAGUUUUAUAAUAUUAUAUAUCUGUUUAUGUACUUAAAUACAGAACCAAGCUCCAAAUAAACUUUUUAUGUACAAAGGUUGAACAAAAUAAUGGAAAAAUCUGCUAAUUUUUACAUUUUCUUUAUUGAUAUGGAGUUGGUCUAACAUGAGCAGACAAUAUGGCAUCAACACAACAUGGAACUGAUGAAGCAUGGUGUUGUACUUCAUACAGUGUUAUUUGUUGACAGUUUAUUGAUCAAAGCUAUUCUAAAAGUAAUGUUGAUAGUGGAAAUAUGUUUUGAAACUUUGUUUCAAGAACUGACUAUAGAGGUUCGGUAACAUUUAAAUCUGGUGAUUGUGGUGGCCAAUUUGGAUGCCCAAACUAUUCCUCAUGUUUUUUGUCCAGUAUUUAACAAUAUCAGCAGUAUUAGCUGAUGCAUUUUGUUCUUGAAACAGACCAGCUCUGUUUAUGAAUAGAGUAUUAAUCAUAGGGUGAACCUGGUCUGCAAUAAGUUAAGUGAUUACUUGCCAUCACGUUACUUUUCAGUGAGAUCAUAAUCCCUAAACAAUUCCAACUAACAGAAAGCUGUUCAUACCAUCACAGAGUCUCCACCAUGUUUAGCUUAUAGCACAAGAAACCUGGUCUGCAAUAAGUUAAGUGAUUACUUGCCAUCACAUUACUUUUCAGUGAGAUCAUAAUCCCUAAACAAUUCCACUUAACAGAAAGCUGUUCAUACCAUUACAGAGUCUCCACCAUGUUUAGCUUAUAGCACAAGAAACCUGGUCUGCAAUAAGUUGAGUGAUUACUUGCCAUCACGUUACUUUUCAGUGAGAUCAUAAUCCCUAAACAAUUCCACUUAACAGAAAGCUGUUCAUACCAUUACAGAGUCUCCACCAUGUUUAGCUUAUAGCACAAGAAACCUG